AGUAUUAUAGACCUCACCAAAAUGGCUGCUGGUUUCAGCCCGUUACAUCCCUCCCUGGUUGUUUGUGGUUGCCAGGCAACUUCAAACCACUGUUGGAAGAGGAACUGAAUGGCAGUGGCUCUAACGAGGACGAUACCCCAAGCUUUGUGUGUGGAGAUAUUUUCACCGCCACUCAGCUGUAUUUGUUCUCCUCAAUGUCAUCGGCUGUUUACUCCCAAAGCUUAGAGGGCAGAGCUUUCAUGCCUCUAUGUCUUAAUAAAGCGGAAGUGGACACUUCCCUUUGCUUUUACCUGCUGUCUGCCCUCAAGCCAACGUGUGUGUGGGGUGAACGGUGAGACAUGGGGUCAGAGGCGGUGAAGGUGGUGGUCAGAUGCCGGCCACUGAACGACCGGGAAAAGGCUCUGAGCUCCAGGAGUGUGCUGUCCAUGGAUCUGCAGCGCUGCCAGUGCUUCAUAGAGAAACCCAGUGCGGUGGACGAGCCUCCCAAACAGUUCACCUUUGAUGGGACUUACUUCACUGAUCAAACCACUGAGGAGAUGUACAAUGAGAUUGCUUAUGCUUUGGUUGAGGGUGUCACUGAAGGAUACAAUGGCACCAUUUUUGCCUAUGGGCAAACUGGAAGCGGUAAGUCUUUCACAAUGCAGGGCGUGACGGAGCCUGCAUCCCAAAGAGGAGUCAUCCCACGUGCAUUUGAACACAUCUUUGAGAGUAUUCAGUGUGCAGAAAAUACAAAAUUUCUGGUGAGGGCCUCCUACUUGGAGAUAUACAACGAAGAAAUCAGAGACCUUCUGGGAAAUGACACCAAACAGAGAUUGGAGCUGAAAGAGCACCCAGAGCGCGGCGUGUACGUGCGUGAUCUCUCCAUGCACACUGUGCACAAUGUGGGCGAGUGUGAGAGAAUUAUAGAGCAAGGCUGGAGGAACAGGGCGGUGGGCUACACACUGAUGAACAAAGACUCCUCCCGCUCCCACUCCAUCUUCACCAUCCACCUGGAGAUCUGCAACAUGGAUGCAGCAGGCCAUGACCACCUACGAGCAGGUAAACUCAACCUGGUCGAUCUGGCAGGAAGUGAGCGUCAGUCUAAAACUGGUGCCACCGGUGAGCGACUGCGUGAGGCCACAAAGAUCAACCUGUCCCUCUCGGCCUUGGGGAAUGUCAUCUCUGCCCUGGUGGACGGUCGCUCCAAAUACAUCCCCUACAGAGACUCCAAGUUGACGCGGCUGCUGCAGGACUCUCUGGGAGGUAACACACGCACUUUGAUGAUCGCCUGCCUCUCCCCUGCAGACAACAACUAUGAAGAAACACUGAGCACGCUGCGUUAUGCCAACCGGGCCAAGAGCAUCCAGAACAGACCUCGCAUCAACGAGGACCCUAAGGAUGCUCUGCUCAGAGAAUAUCAAGAAGAGAUCAAGAACCUGCGAGCCCUGAUCUCAGGCCAGCUGGGCUCUGCUAACCUUUCAACUCUACUGGCUGGUCAGUUGUCUGAAACAUCUGCGGAUCUUCCUUCAAGGCCACAGUCGAGUACCACAGAAGCAGAGAAGGAAAAGAUUAAAGAGGAGUACGAGGAGAGGCUGGCCAAGUUACAGGCCGACUACAAUGCAGAGCAGGAGUCCAAGGCAAAGCUGCAGGAGGACAUUGCUUCACUGCGUUCCUCCUAUGAAUCCAAGGUGUCUAAUCUGGAGAAGGCCCAGGCCAGCAGGGGGAGCACUGUCCCAAAGAAUGACAACAUAAAAUUAUCUGCACAUGAAGAACCAUCAUCAAUGAGCUCGAGCUGUGAACCUGACCUGUUAAACCUCAGUUCAGCUGAGGAAACUUCUCUUACUAAGCCUGUGGUACCCUCUGCUGAAGUUGGUGUCCACAAAGAUCAAAGGGGAGACGGACUUGCAAAUACAAAUGAAAUCCCCACAGCAGAGCCUCUGGACCAGAAACAUGUCCUGGAAAGGCUGCAGCAGCUGGAACAGGAGGUGGUGGGAGGAGAGCAGGCCAAGAACAAGGAGCUGUGGCAGAAGCAUCGGCAGAGGAGGAACCUUGCCGACCAGAGGAAAGUCCAGCUCCUCCGUGCACUGUCUGAGAACAGUGAGGAGAGUGAAAAUGUUCUCUUUAAUGUCUACAAUUCCAUCCAAGAGGAAGUCCAUGCCAAAAGCCAAGUCCUGGUCAAGGUGCAGGGCAAGCUGAAAGCAGCCAAGCUGGAGAUCCGUGAUCUGCAAGCAGAAUUCGAGGUGGAGAGGAACGACUACCUGGCCACCAUCCGGCGACUGGAGAAGGAGGGCCAGCUACUGAACAGCCUGCUGGAGCGCAUGGUGCCUCUGGUGCGCCGAGACUGCAACUACAGCAACCUGGACCGGCUGAAGAGAGAAGCAGUCUGGGAUGAGGACAAUGCUGCAUGGAGGCUGCCGGAUGUGAUGGUGCAGAAAACAACUCUGCCUUCAGCAGUACAUCCAAAAUCUUCAGCAGGCAGAGGCUCCGCUACUGAAUGUGGAGAAGCUUUCAUGCAGAUGGAAGAGGACAGGUACAAGGAAAUGCUUGACCGCAGUGACAGUGAGAACAUUGCCAGCAGCUACUUCAAGUCAAAGAGAACCAGUCAGCUGCUAGGUGGAGACACAGCCAAGGGACAUGCCGUCCACUCUCCUUCUCUGGUCAGCGGAGCAGCCCACCAUUCAAUGAGCAGCCCGACUGUCAACACACCGGUCAGCUCUGACUCCAUCAUGCCUCGGCCUUUCCGCCUGGAGUCACUGGGCGUCCCGGUGUCCAGUGGUAAGGUGAAGCGCAAGAAAAGCAAAACUCACAUCCACAAUGAAGGGAUUUGAAAAGACUUGAACCUCAGUGCUUUCCGCACCAUCUCAAAGGAAAAAAGCAAACACAAAGCCAGAUUCUGAUUGGAUGGAUUUACUGUGUAAAGGCUCCUGUGAUGCCGCC